CCGGUCCCUCUUCGAACCAGCUGUGCGUACUGCCAGUGCGGCUGGGUCCGACCCGAGCGGGGCUACUCACGGCGAUGACAGCGCAUUGUGGCUCAAGCUCCCGUCGACAGCUUCACGGCCCCAGUCGUCAAACUUGCAAUGCAGAUCCGCAGCCUCGCCGUCCUGUCGCUGGCCCUGCUGCACAGCUCUGGCGCUACGAAGGUUCGCAGCGGCGCGACGCCCAUAGGAAAGGUGAUCGAGAUGCUCACGAGCCUCCAAGGCAAGCUCACGAAGGAGGCCGAGGCUUCCGACAAGGUCUACGAUGAACUGAUGGACAACUGCAAGUUCGGCGCCAAGGACCUCGGGUUCGAGAUCCAGACGGCGGAGGGAGAGAUCGACGAUCUCACGGCCACCAUCGAGAAGGCGAAGGCCGACCUGGUGGCGGAGACCACCAGGAUCGAGACCUUGGGCGCCGACAUCGCGGAGGCGGAGGCAGAGCUGAAGGCCGCACUGGCCAUCCGUACCAACGAGAGCGCCGAGUUCGCCACGGCCGAGAAGGAGCUGGUGGACGUCGUCGACACGCUGAACCGGGCCGUCAACGUGCUGCAGCGCAAGCUGGGCAAGUCCGCCCUGAUGCAGCAGAAAGUGGACACCACCAGCGUUGACUCGCUGCUCCGCUCCCUCUCGGCGGUCAUCGACGCGGCCGCGCUGCCCAUGGGCGACAAGAAGAAGCUGAUGGCGCUGGCCCAAGGCGGCUCGGAGGACGGCGCCGCCGACGGCCAGGAGCCGGGCGCCCCCGCGGCGGAGGCGUACAAGUCGCACGGCGGCAACAUCGUCGAGGUGCUGGAGGACAUGCGGGAGAAGGCAGAGCAGCAGCUGGACGAAUUGAGGAAGCAGGAGACAAGUGCCAAGCAUAGCUACGAGAUGACGAAGCAGAGCUUGGAGGACCAGGCUGCGGCAGACACCAAGGAGAUGGGUCAGGCAAAGGCGGCCAAGGCGAAGGCUGGCGAGUCCAAGUCAGUCGCGUCCGGCGACUUAAAGAUGGCUGAGGAGACCCUGGCCACUUCUAAAGAGAACCUUGCCGAGUUGACAAAGAGUUGCAAGACCGCGACGGAAGAUCACGAGGCUGCCAAGACGAGCCGUGCCGAGGAGAUGAAGGCGAUUGCCGAGGCGAAGAAGGUGCUGGUCGAGAUGACAGGCGCUUCAGACACGAUCGUCUACGGUGGCGCGGCCUCUUUCGCCCAGGUGCGAUCCCGGAAGAAUUUCGAGCUUCGUUCGCACGAGGACCUCGUAAAUUUCGAGGUGGUCAACAUGCUCCGGCAGCUGGCCAAGAGGGACAAGUCCCCGGCCCUGCAGCAGUUGUCAAACCGCGUGGCCGCCACGAUUCACCUGGCGGCGCAGACGGGCUCGGAUCCUUUUGCGAAGGUCCGCACUCUUAUCGAGGGGCUGAUCGCGAAGCUGGAGCAGGAAGCUGGCGUGGACGCCGAUCACAAGAAGUGGUGCGAUAAGGAGUACGGUGAUACCAAGGAGAAGCAGGACGACCUGACCGCCACCAUCGAGUCACUGUCCACGAAGAUCGACAAGGCCAGCUCCACCUCGAUGUCCCUGAAGGACGAGACCAAGGAGACCCAGGCAGCCCUGGCGGAGCUGCUCAAGUCACAGGCAGAGGCGGACAAGGUGAGGUCUGAGCAGAACGCACUGUACCUCGAGACCAAGACCGAUCUUGAGCAAGGCCUGUCUGGCGUGCGCAAGGCAGUGAAGAUCCUCCGCGAGUAUUACUCUGGCGACGAGGCUGCGCAUGGCAAGUCCGAGGCUGGUGGGUCGGUCAUCGGGCUGCUAGAGGUGGUCGAGUCCGACCUCAGCAAGUCCCUCGCGGAGUCCGAGAGCGACGAGGAUACGGCGGCAACUGCUUACCAGAAGAUGACCAUGGAGAACAAGCUCACCAAGGCGACGUACGAGUCCGACAUCAAGUACAAGACCAAGGAGGCCGCCUCGCUCGACAAGGCCAUCACUGAGAUGUCCUCCGACCGCGAGAGCUCGCAGACGGAGCUGGACUCGGUGCUCGAGUAUUCGAAGAGCAUCCGGGCCAGCUGCGAGGUGAAGCCCGAGACGUACGAGGACCGCAAGGCGCGCCGCGACGCGGAGCUGGCCGGGCUGAAGGAAGCCCUGGAGGUGCUGGGCAGCAUGUCGUUCGCGCAGACCGGCAGCGUCCUCGGCGGGCUCCGCCGGGCGCUGCGGCCCGCGCGCGGGCCCCUUUGAGGGCCGCGCCCGCCGCCGACGCGCAGCGGGGCCAGCUGAGACGGCGUGUCAAAACCUGACCUCCGACCGUCGUCCAACACAUUUUUUUUGAUCCGCGGGUCGAGAGCGCACCUCUUCCGGGUCAAAGCUCAGCGGGCCGCGCGAAGCUUGAAUUAACCAGAGAUGGGGGGG